AUGGUGGCGUCUGCAGGUCUACCGCUUCGGCAAUGGUCGUCCAAUAACCAGACUGUGCUCAACGCCAUUCCGCCGGAGCUCCGGGAGACUGAAACGCUGCUCGAUUUGGACCAUGAAGCCUCCGUCACCACGCUCGGGGUACUCUGGGAACCUGCCACCGACCUUUCGUCCUUCAAGCAGCCGAAGUGGAAGGAAUGUUCCACACUCACGAAGCGGGAGAUUCUUUCGCAGAUCAGCAGUCUGUUCGACACUCUUGGACUUAUUGGUCCGACCAUCUCGAAGGCGAAAAUUCUUCUUCAAGUAGUCAGUGAGUGGCAGGAUAUUCAGAAAAAAUUCGCCGGUCUUGUGCACCUGCGGAUUUCCCGGCACGCUCUCAGCCCCGGUUACGCACGCCUGGAAGUCCAUGGCUUCAGUGACGCUUCGGAGGCCACCUACGGUGCUUGCUUCUUUCUCCGUUCCAUCUCUUCCGCUGGAUCCUGCACUGGUCGGCUGCUCAUGUCGAAGUUGAAGGUGGCACCAGUCGACACGAAGUCCAUUCCGCGCCUAGAGCUCUGCGCGGCUCACCUGCUCGCCAAGCUCGUCGUCCAUGCCAUGAAUUCCGUCGAGAUUGCCGCCACGGUCUACCUGUGGACCGACUCUACCAUCGUACUGGACUGGCUCGCCGCAACACCGUCAUCGUGGAAGACGUUUAUGGCAAAUCGCGUGGCUGAAAUCCAGGAACUCACCACACACGCGGUCUGGAAUCACGUUCCGUCCAAAGACAAUCCACGAUCGUCCACCGAUGCGUAA